AUGGGAGAUCCCGCGAUAGCCCCGCUACCAGCGUCAGCGGCGACGGGUUGCGCGUGCGCGUGCCACGGGGAGUGGUCCGCGGCGGUGUUGGCGCUGCGGCAGCUGGAGGAGUGGCAGAGCCGCGCCGCGCAGUACAUAACCCUGAUGGAGAACGAGAAGGCGGCGGCCGACGCGCAGUUGGCGCAGUUGCAGGAGACGCGCUCCACGGAGGCCCGGGCGUGGGAGGAUCGAGUGAGGGCGGCGGAGGGCGCAGUCCAGCGCGCGGAAGAGGACAGGCGGAGGGAGGGGGAGAGAGUAGAGGAGGAGAGAAGAAUGGUGGCGGAGAGAGUGGAGGAAGAGAAAAGGCGGGAGGGGGAGAGAGUGAGGGAGCAGGCGGAGAGGCAGGCGAGGCUGAGGGAGGUGCAUCUGCAGACGCGGCUCAGUCAGCAACAGCAGGAGAUAAUACGCCGGGACAGAGCAGCCAUGGAGAUACACGCGUUCUGGCAGGAGGCGGUGAGGGAGCGCAAUGAGGCGCUCAUGGGGACGAAGCAGGCGCAGAGGGAGCUGCGGAGCAGGGACCAGGCGGACAAGGAGAAGGCGGAAGUGACCAAGGCGUUGAUGCGGCAGUGUGAGGAGUGCCGCAAGGAGAAGGACAGUGCGCUGCAGGCACUGGCGGGCGUGCGGAGAGAGAACGAGGCUCUUGAGGUCAACUUGCAGAGGCAGGGGAAGGCUCUGGCUGGCGUGUGGCGAGAGAAUGAGGCCCUCAAGGUCAACCUGCAACGACAGGGGAAGGUGAGGAAGAAGGGAAGGGGAGGGAGUGUGAGGAGUGCCGAUGGUGGUGGUGAUGAUGAUGAUGAUGAUGAUGAUGAUGAUGAUGAUGAUGAUGAUGAUGAUGAUGAUGAUGAUGAUGAUGAUGAUGAUGAUGAUGAUGAUGAUGAUGAUGAUGAUGAUGAUGAUGAUGAUGAUGAUGAUGAUGAUGAUGAUGAUGAUGAUGAUGAUGAUGAUGAUGGUGAUGAUGGUUAUAAUGGUGAUGAUGGUUAUGAUGGUGAUGGUUUUGAUGAUGAUCGCUAUGAUGAUGAUGGUUUGCUUGCAGACCUGAACUCGGAGCUGGUGGAGGGAAACGAGGCGCUGCAGCAGCGGCAGCGGGAGAUGGAGAGGCGUGCGGGCGAGCUGGCUGCCGAGGUGGAUGCACUGCGGAGACGAGAGGGGGAUGUGGUUGGGGCUGAUGGCGGGGAAGAGGGAGAGGGAGAAAAGGGAGAGGGAGGGGGAGAGGCAGAAGGAGCAAGGCAGAAGGUGGGUCGACAGGCGCAAGAGAAGGAUCAGAUAGAGGGGAUGGAAGUAGUGCAGGGAAGGGGAGGAGAGGAGCAUGGAGCAUGGGGUGGCCGUGCGAGCAGCAGGACGGCAGGUGCGGCUGGCAUGGAUGAGAUGGCAGGUGGGAAAAGGAUAGGCGAGAGGGCAGGUGGGGUGGAUGGUGGAGGGGGUGAGGGGGGUGGCGGUGAAGCAGGGGAGGAGGAUGGGGACGAUGUGCCUGUUCCAGUGUCUGCCUGUGCUGGCCCUAUCGACCCUGCAGCUGCUGCUGGCCAUGCUCAUAAAACCAGCAACCCCGCUGAAACACUCAGCGACCACAGCCCAGGAGUCAAUUCAGGAGGAGGUUCAGAAGAGCAGCAGGAAGGUGAUGGUGGUGCGCGGGCAGAGGGAGGGAUGGCAGCAGGGGAGUGUGAUCGGCAGCAUGCAGGUGGAGGGCAGGGUAAAGGUGAGGUGGGCUUGAGAGGUGAUGGGGGAAAAGGAGGGGCAGGGGAAGAGUCAGCGGUGAGGGGCAGCAGUGGUGGUAGCAGCAGCAGUGGUGGUGCACACACAAUGGAUCACCAGCAAGGCAAGGAGAGGGGAGGGCAGCAGCAGGGAUCUGAGCAAGUGAUUCCGUGCAAGCAAGGGACGCCGAGCGCUGCAUAUCUGAGUUCUGGUUCUGGAGGGGGUACAGGUGAUGAUGACACACUUCCUGCUGCGUUUGCAACUGCAGCUACUCCUGCUUCGGGUGUUGGGGAAGAUAAGGACGAAUUUCUUGCAACAGGGCCUGCUAUAGAAGACGACAAUCCUGAAGCCAAUCCAAAUUCUGGGAGCUACCCAGUCGCUGAUGGGGAAGCGGGGAGCGACCGCGGAGGGGGAGGCGGAGGCGGAGGCGGAGGCGGGGGAUGGCAAGGGGAAGACGUGGAAUGGCAAGGCGGUCCGAUGUCAGACUUUCAAGGCCUUCCGGCUCGGGUAGAACCCGAGCCUGCUGACGUGGAAGGCAUGAAUGUGCCAAUGCCUGAUGUGACUCUACGAGACGAGCUCUCCGAGUCGCUGAUGCCGCUCAAAUGGGUGCUGUUCCCGGAAGCCGACCCGGUACAGCAGUUUCGCGAUAAGACGUGGAAGGAGAAGAUUUGGAUAUUCCUAGUGGGAGUGUUUCCGAUUCUGUCAUGGCUGCCGAAAUACGAUCUACGGUUCUAUCUGCUCGGCGACAUCAUCGGAGGGCUCUCCAUCGCCAUCAUGUCCGUGCCGCAGGACGUGUCGUAUUCCAAGUAUGCCAACGCGCCCAAGGAGUUCGCUCUCUACACGAGCUUCCUGCCGCCGUUGAUGUACGCAAUCCUGGGAUCAUCAAAGCACAUGGUGAUCGGGCCGGUGUCGGUGGUGUCGCAGCUGCUGGGCGAGCAGCUGAGCGCGCAGGUGGACCCGAGUAAGGAGCCCGACCUGUACAACUCGCUGCUCACCACCACCACCUUCCUCUGCGGCCUCUUCCAACUCGCCAUGGGGCUCCUCAGAAUGGGCUUCCUGGUGGAUCUACUGAGCCAGCCCACCAUCGCUGGGUUCCUGGCAGGGUGCUCCCUCACCAUCGCACUGCAGCAGCUGAAGCCCAUUCUGGGGUACAAGGACUUCACGCUCAGCACCAGCAUUGUCAGCAUCUUCCAGGCUGUUGCCGAGUACUCCAACGAGUUCCAAUGGCGUGCUUUUGCCCUCGGCUUCUCCUUCUUUGUCGCCCUCACCAUCAUCCGCAUUCUCUCGAAGUUCUACCCAAAGAGCAAGACCCUGUUCUACGCCAAUGCACUGGGGCCCAUCUCCUCUAUAGUCAUCUCCACUAUCAUCGUGGGCACCACCGGCAUGUACAACAAGGGUGUAGCCACGGUGGGCAGCAUAAAGACGGGCAUGGGGGGCAUGUCAUCGGUGUGGGACAUUGAUCUGCACAACGAGUACACCGAUGAGGUCGCACUCAUCGCGCUUUAUGCUGCCCUCGUCUCCCUCGCUGAAUCAAUUGGCAUCGGCCGUACAUUUGCGGGCAUGUAUGGUUACCACAUUGAUGGUAACAAAGAGCUCAUAGCCUACGGAGCAAUGAACCUCUCAGGCUCCUUCACCUCAUGCUACGUCGCCACAGGCUCCUUCUCCCGCACAGCAGUGAACAUCCUGGCAGGGGCACACACAGCACUGACGCAAAUUAUCCUCUCGCUCACCAUGCUCGUCGUUAUCCUUGCAGCUGCCCCCGCCUUCAAAUACGUGCCCGCUUGUGUGGUGGGAGCUAUCAUCGCCAACUCAGUGCUAAACCUGCUCGACUUCAAGGCAGCGUUUCAGAUCUGGAGGGUGGACAAACUAGACUUCAUGGUCAUGCUCGGCUGCUUCCUCGGAAUCAUCUUCGGCUCGCCCGAGAUCGGCCUGCUAGUCGCCUCCGUGCUCUCCGUCCUCAAGCUGCUCCUCCGCAUCGUCCGCCCGCACAUCCGCCUGCUGGGCCUGCUCCCGGGCGGCGCCGCUACAGCCGUGAGCGUGCUACAGUUCCCCAACAGCACGCUAUGCGAGGGCAUUGUGAUGCUCAGGAUCGAGAGCCCGCUCUACUUCCCUGCGGCGAAUUUCUGCCGGCAGCGCAUCAAGAAGCUGUGCGACGCGUACGCGAGGGGAUACCAGCAACCCGUGCGGCACUGCAUCUUGGAUCUGAGUGUAAUGCACGACAUUGAUGUGUCGGGAAUCGAUGGGUUGAAGGAGCUUCACCGCGACCUGUCUGAGAAGAGCAUUCAGCUUUGCCUGGCCAGUGCGUCAAGGGACGUGCUGCGCAAGCUGUGGGACGCCAACUUCCUGGCAGAGAUGGGCGAGCAGUGGCUCUUCGUCACUCCCGCCGACGCUGUCAAGCUCUGUCGCUCUGUGGCGGUGGCAGCGCCGGCUGUGAAGGAGCAGGACGAGCUGCUGGCGUCCGUGCAGGUGUAUGACAUCUAG